UUGUUGUCUUGGCAGGAGUUCAAUGAGCAGCAGGCGGAGGAAGGGGAGAGCCUAACACGCAGGCGCUCCUGGGCACUGUCGAAGAAUCGAGUCACUGGAGCAGAGCGCCCAAGCGGCGGCGACUGCUUCUGGAGUCCCCGCCCAGUGUGAGUGUCUGGGCGGCCGGCAGCCGGCGGGCAGUGCUGGAGUAGCAAGAGUGCGGUGCGGGCAGAAAGAGCGGCGUGUCGUACUGGGGGGUCGGAGGGAGCUGUGCUCGGGCGAUGCAUAUCGCCACGUCCCCGGAGUCCCGGAAAUAGGAGAGCCUGGCAGAAAGCAGAGGCGCUUCCUUCGCCUCGGAGCUGGCAUUCAGGGCAAAAGGCUGCAGCGGUUGCAACACGCCGAGCCUCCCCGGUGGCAAGCCGAGCAGCGGUGGGAAGAGGAGGUAGGGGACGAGGCGCGGGGCGCUCGCUGCCCCUGGACUCGGCCAUGUCGUCCGCGGCGGUGGCGGUGGCCGCUGCCUCCCGCAGGCAGUCCUGUUACUUGUGCGAUCUACCUCGCAUGCCCUGGGCCAUGAUCUGGGAUUUCACCGAGCCCGUCUGCAGGGGCUGCGUCAACUACGAAGGGGCCGACCGUGUGGAGUUCGUCAUCGACACGGCUCGGCAGCUCAAGCGGGCGCACAGUUUCCAGGAAGGCCGGGCUCCGCCACCUCCGCACACGAAGCAACCGCCACCGCCGCUCAGCACCAAAGAAAUGCACUCUGCGGCUGUGGCUACGGCCGAGGCGGCGUCUCGCGCGCCGCCUCAGCCCCACGAGCGCUACUCUCUGGCGGCGGCACUGGCGUCCUCUGAGCGGCCGCCUCCCCGCCUGGGACCCGAGUACGGCGGCGGGAGCAGGCAGGUCAACGGCAUCCUCGUUCCCAAUGGUUUCUCCAAGCCUGAGGAGCCGCCCGAACUGAACCGUCAGAGUCCCAACCCGCGCCGGACGCACGCGGUGGCCCCCACUUUGGUGCCCCUCAUGAACGGAGCUUCCCUGCCCGCCUCCAUCAGUAUCAGCAGCCGGGCGGCGGCGGCGGCUGCGGCAGCCUCCUUGGCGGCUAUCUCCGGAGCGCCGCCAACCCCGCUGCAGGUCUCCGUCUCCCAAGCGCAGCAGAGCCAGCAGCAGCCCGGGGAAGGGGGCGGGCACAAGCGGCCCGGCUCGGUAUCUUCCUCGUCGUCUGGGGGCGGCGGCGGCGGCGCCAGCGACCAGGAGGGCAAGGAAAAGGGACAGCCGCAGGCGGCGCGGGGCUCGGCGGACCCUCUGGACCAACUCGGCGUGGAGAGCAAAAACCGGGGGGCAGCGUUGGGAUCGGAGCAAGAGUGGCUGGGCAAGCCCAAGACUGUGCGUGACACUCUGCUGGCCUUGCAGCACAGCGGCCACGCGGCGCCCUUCGAAAGCAAGUUCAAGAAGGAGCCCGGCAUGGCGGGAGGGAGACUGUUGGGCUACGACAGCAACGGGGCCGCGGCCAAAUCAGGGGCUCGGGCUGCGAGGAAGAGAAAGGCUUCUCCAGAGCCAGAAGGUGAAGCUGGACCUCCAAAAAUCAAUGGCGAGGCACAGUCAUGGUUACCCACCUCAUCAGAAGGGAUGAAAAUACCAAUGGCAGCUGCAUCUUUCAUGUCCCCACCACCACCAACUGCUUCGCCUCAUUCUAAUCGGACCACGCCACCAGAGGCAGUUCAGAAUGGUCAGUCCCCUAUGGCUGCGCUAAUUUUGGUUGCAGACAACGCCGGGGGCAACCAUGCUUCCAAAGAUGCCAACCAGGUUCACUCCACCACCAGGAGGAAUAGCAGUAGUCCCCCUUCUCCAUCCCCUAUGAACCAAAGAAGGCUGGCCAGGGAAGUGCCAAGCCAAGGGGCAAACCCUGGAGGGAUGGAACCAGUGCACCCUGUCAGCCUCCCAGACUCUUCUCUGGCAGCAAGUGUCCCCCUCUGCUGCACCCUGUGUCACGAGCGAUUGGAAGACACCCACUUUGUGCAGUGUCCCUCCGUUCCUUCUCAUAAGUUUUGCUUCCCUUGCUCUAGACAGAGCAUCAAACAGCAAGGAGCUAAUGGCGAAGUGUAUUGUCCCAGUGGGGAGAAGUGCCCCCUAGUGGGUUCCAAUGUCCCUUGGGCCUUCAUGCAAGGGGAGAUUGCAACCAUUCUUGCAGGAGAUGUCAAAGUGAAAAAAGAGAGGGACUCAUGACUUUUCCAGUUUUUCAUUGCAACAUCAACUUUAACAGAAAACGGCUUGAACUGUAUAUACCUAUAAAUAUUAUAAAUAUCUAUAUAUAUAUUAUAUUAUAUAUAUAUAUAUAUAUAUAUAUAUAUAUCCAAGACAAGGGAAAUGUAGACUUCAUAAAACAUGGCUGUAUAAUUUUGAUUUCUUUUUUGAAUACAUUGUGUUUCUAUAUUUUUGAAGACAAAAGGUAUGUACUUAUAAAUGCUCUUUUUUGUUGUUGUUAUAGCAACUAUUUGUUGUGCUUCCUUGGUGACAGUUACUGUUCAGUGUAGGCUGUGACUUGCGCUGCUUUUUUUAGAGAGCACUUGGCAAACCAGAAAUGCUUCUAGCUGUAAAUUGUAUGCAUUUGGUUCUCCCCCCCUUUUUUUUUUUUAAAAAAAUGCCAAAUACAUCUUUCAACAUUGUAAAGAUUGCCUUAUUGUCUGUGGUUCCUUUUUCUUUUCUUUUCUUUUUUGCCCUUAUUCAUGCUGAAGGCAUUUUAGGUUUUAGAGAAAUUAUGGCAUUAAAAAGAUCAUAGGAUUCAAACAAGGUUGGUAUUAGUCCAGUCCAAAGACAUGAAGCAAUAGGGGUUUGUGUGGAAAUACUAUUAUUCCUUCACUGCUGCUGCUGCAAAAACUGGCCAGCGUUUUUUGCUUGUAGAAGGAAGUUGUUUGCAGACUAUUCAGCUUAAAGUGAGGUGCUAUUGUGUUAGAGACUGAGGAGGUGGGUUGUUUUUUGUUUUUUUUUGUUAAAGGCAAAAUAACCACAGUUCUAAUAGUUGGUAGUAAGAUUGCAAAACUGUUUUUGUCAUGAAUUGCUUAAGGUUCCUGCAGUUCUUUUGUGAUAAAAUUUAAUUAUUGACUAGCCCUGCGUUAGUUCAAACAGAAUAGCACUGCCAUCUUUUUAAUAAAUUCACAACUUUCCAACAUCAAUGAAUGGAACAUUGCCAUGCCCUUCAUACUUGUAUGGAAAACACUGAGGUAGGUUUUAAGGAUUUCUACAGUAGUGCGGAAGAACUUUCUUCUUUACACUUAAAUGUUUUAGAACUAACUAUUGCUAUUGCUUUUGUUGCUGAUGUCACCUAAUUGAGUAGAGCAAAAGCAGAGAGGUAAUGACAGCAGCAGAGAAGGUUUUGCUUGGCAUGUCUGUGUUGUCAGCAGAGAGAUUAAUGGGGAUUUCUGUCUGAAAUUUCCUAAUCCAACCUAGGAUUUAAAUCUCCUUGAAUUUUUAUGAAGGCAUCCCAUGCCUUCUGGACUAUAUCUUCAUCCAUUAUUUUGCAUAACUAGUAUUUUGAUCAUCCUUCUUUUUGCUUCAGAAGACAGAUACCGGUAUUUUAGAUAAACAUCAGCUGCUAGAAAUAGUCAAGACUCACUGUAGUGUUGCUGUGCUGUUCACAAUUGUGUUAGCAACAUUGCUGUACAACCACUUUCAUUAAUUAUUGGUGACCACUUUUGCAUAUGGUCAUAAAUGAUUAUUUCAAAUAGCAGUUUGCCCCUCUGUAUUAGGUAUUAACAAUAUAUUGUCUUUAGCUACAUUUAAUCAUAUUUUAUACUAUUGGGUCAGACUGUUUUUAGGUGUUCAUCUUCAGUCUUCUAUUUAAUGCUGAAUAGAUUUUGAUAGGGUCCUUUUUUAGUGGUCAACACAUUUGAAAACCUAACUUUGCACAUGUGCAAUUCUAUUUUUUUUUUUUAACAUUUUAAUAAGCACACCCACUAGCGUUGUGUUCCGUUUUACAGGUCAGUGUAAUAUUAAAUAACAAGUUUUGCAUGAUAAACCAAUUCAAUAUUUGAAAUUAUAGAAAUACAUAUAGAUCAGACUGGUGUCUUAUGUAAACAUGUUUAGAAAGUUUGAGAUGGGAAACGCACAUAUGUACAACUGUAAGGAUUCUUUGGAACCACUAUAAUUGAAAUAAGAAUUUAGGCACUUUAUUAAAAAUUGGAUUUUGAAUUAAUAGAGGAUAAGUUCUUAAGAAUCUUUUUGACAUAAUACCUCAUGUUUUAAACUAAUUUGUAUGAACGGUUUGCAUUUUACGUUAAAAAAAUACCCCUACUAAAAUUUUCAUUGUGACAUCUUGGCAUGUAGUUCAGAUUUGAGCUGCUUAAUCUGAGGUGGGAUAACAGUUCAGAUUUGAGUGUCUUAAUCUGAGGUGGAUGACAGUAACUCCUUUCUUCAAAAUGCUAUUCAAGCAUGACAGAUUAUCAAGAAGCAUUUGGUUAGAAUCCUUAGUUACAAUCUUCCUAUUGUAGCUCAGUAAUAUCACUGUAUGUUCUUCAAAGUAGUUCAAUGAGUGGGAUGUUUAAAGCUUGCCAUGAACACAGCUGGAACAUACUUCAAGACUUUUUAUCAGUUCAGCCAAUUUCUUCCAAACCUCUGUUAAGGUGACCAGUUCUCAUAUAUUUUAUAAAUUUAUACUACAGAAAUGACAUAAACUGUGAUAUGAUUUUUUUUAAAUGCAUUUCUGUGAUUUCAAUUGGCCUAAGGUAAUUUUGUUUUUGUUUUUUUAAAUCUGUUUCUGACAUCAGCAGAUAAGCAUAUAGCCACAUAUAUACACACACAGAUGCACACAAUAUGCUUCCCUGGCUACAAAGUUUUUUAAAGUGCUUUAGCUGCAACAAUACUACAGUUACUAUCCAAUAAACCAAACAAAACUUGAUUCCAUUGCAGCUAAUGUGAACUUAAUUGCUUAUUUCAAUGGAGUCAGAUGUUGCAUCCUUAAUUUUUUCCAGUUUUUAAUGGUGAUUCUUUGUAUAGCAAUAAAGCAAAAUGUUGUUUAAUGGAGAGUGUGAUUGUCACAAUCUCACUUUCCUUAUACUUUUAAGUUAUCAUUAUUAAAAUACCACCUGCACUAUGCUUUCAUUGUUUAUAGUUGCUGAACUAACACAUUACUAUUUUUUCCUAUUUUUUUAAUCUUUUGCAUUAAAUAAAGUGAAAUCAGGCAUUUAAACAUUUUCUGUGAAUGUCCUUUUUUAUCUUUUUAUUUAAAUAAUAAUAAUCCUGCAGCUACUGACAUAACCUAGUAGCCAAAGCAACUUUUUUUUUAAAGAUUACUUUCUUUGAUUAGAAGGUGAUAGAGAAGAAUAGAACAAAGUGUCAUCAGAAAAUAUUUUUUCUUAAUUAAGGAGAACUAUUCCCUUUUAUAUUAAGGUUCACAGAAUCCAGGCAAGUGAAAAGGAAAAGGGAAACACACAACUUCUGGAUACUAGUUAUGGUAUAUUUGAGCUAAAUAUGUUAUGAAAUCAUGUUUAGGAAAAGGUUUAUUUGUGGAGUUCUCCCAAUGGCUUUUUAUGGCAACAGGAUCCUGAGAAAUUUCUUCUGUACUUGAGCCAGAAGCUCUCACUUUACUACCAGGGAGAAUAGAUACAGUGUUCUGCUGAUAUGAGAGAGCCAUUGAGGGCGGAUCUGAUGUUGCAGUUUUGUAGAAGCUUUUUUUGAGUUGAAGACAGAACACUAAUAUGAACCAUAAACAUGCUGCCCUUAUUUUAGGUGGAAGAAAGAUUCCUUGGACAUAAUCUAAGUAAAUAUGUUUAGAAUUGAAAUAAACACUUUAAAAAAAAAGUUCUCUUCGCUGCAGUGCAGGGAAAAACAGAAAACAUGCACCAAUGAAGCUUAGAUGUCCUCAGUCAAAAUACAGAGAAAUUGCUGUAGUUGAAAUUCUAAUGAUGUAUGCAUUGUAAAUCCUGAUAAGUCUCAGUGCUGGAGAAGAAUCAGAUAUAACAAAUCUAUAUAAAUUUUACAAGCAUUGCAGUUUCAAGAUAGAAUGCAAUGAUUUACAUGGGAUUUUACAAGCUCAGUGCAAAGAUCUGAAGAGCUCUGUGCUGUUGCAAUUUGCUUAGUACUGAAAAUUGUACUAUUAAAGUAGUAAAAAGGAUUACAAUUAGUAAGUACACUCUUAUAUUUAACCAAUGAAUUCAGUAAACCCACCACAUUCUCUUUUUUUUCAAGAUUAGUUGAUUGCUGAACUGUACUAUAAAUAAAGGACUACACUAUCCAACCAAUGCCAGUAAAAUUUGGCCCAGUUUAUGGAACAUAUAUUUAUACACAUUUUUAUUUCAGGGUAGAGAGGGUAGGAAUCCAAUUGUAAAAGUAAUGUGCAUAACCAGAUAGUGCAUUUAAUUAUGUUACACUAAUUUCUGCAAACUUUUUUUUACAUUUUUACAAACAUAAAAUCUCUAAAAUUACUCCCAUAUAUUGGAAAUAAGAAAACUUAAUCAGUGGAUUGAUUGCUUAUGAGGACAACUUAAUCUGAUCAUAAAAUGUAGCCAGUUAAAAGCAAUCUCUACUUUUGCUUCAGGAUCAUAACACUGGACUUUUUAAAAAAGAUGUUAAAUUAAUAACUAUAAUGUGCAUGAAACUAAUGAGGCAAUUGGAUUUCUUAAAAACAUGGAAUGACAAAAAGGGAAUUUUUUUAUUUUAUAUAAACAUAACUGAUUUGUAUUUUUAAUCUCUUUUCCUCUCCCACGUAAAUCUGUUAAAGGUAAAUCUGGUCAAAAGUGCAGAUCAGCUACUACAAACCAAUAAGCAGAGUUCCUCUUCCUCUGAUUUCUUUAGACAAAUCAUUCAGAAACUAUUCUAGGUAGAUCUAGGUUGGCCACACGAAAUUCUGAGUCACCAUCAUUUGCUUUCCCGUGUUCAAAAAAUACAGAAUGAGAAGAAACACUUUUCCUGUAUCCUAGAUGAAGGUCAGGCUAUACUAACAGAUGAAUGGAAUGUAUAUUUACCAAUUGCAUCAUUCCAGACUUUGUAGCUGGGGUGCUUAGCUAACUUAUCCAAUAACUUUAGCUAAGAGGAAAUAAUCAUAAAUCCUUAUAAAGGCUUUCAUUUUACAAUGAUGAUUUAUUCUCAAUGUUCUAUCCUAUGAACACUUAUGGAUUAAAGGUAGUAGAACAGUCUUCUAAAUAAAGGCGUGCAAGUCUGUACUGUUAAAUACAUAUUUUUUACCUUGAAGACAUUCUUAACUAAAAAGUUAACUCUAAAUUAAAACUGAUACUUGUAUGCUAUUGCUUUAUGGAAUCAGCUAUAUGAAUAAAUGAUGUAUCCUUAUUUUAGAUUUAAAAAGUUAUCACAGUAGUUAACUAAGUAAAAUCCAUUGGGGGCACAUAUUAUUUUUAAACAGAACUAUCCCAAAUGUUGUCUCUCACUUUUAUAAAGGUUAUUACUUUUCUAAUGCUUUCAGGCUAAAAUCCAGUCCUGAACCCUUUGUAUGUACAUGGUUUCAAGUGAAACUCCUUUCAAGUAAAUGUAACAGCUACUUAUAUUAAAAUUAGAAAUAUC